AGAGCAGCGAGUAGACAAGAGCUAUCAACGCACAGCGACCGUCGGAGAGAGCAAAUACAAAAUAAUAUAGCUAUUACACACAAUCUAAUGAGGAUUAUAGUGCGGUUUUAGAGCACGCCAGCAGCCGGACACCACAAUCCCAUGCGUGAAAAACGAGAGGUCUCGAAAUAGAGUAUACAUAUAUUACAACUUUGCGUUUGGAGCUGCAGAAAACACGACCGGAGCUUCGUCCUACAUCAAAGUUGGCGGCGUUUAAGAGGUGGGAGCAGAGUCGGCGGCGUGAGAGGGGUUGACUGGCAGGGCCUGGUCAUACAGCGUUUCAACCAGAGGGAGAGGAGAAGGAGGAGGAACGAGGGAGAGAAGAGAAGGAAAGGAAGACCUGAGGAAGAGUGUCACGGUCACCUGCUUUAGACAGCUGUGUUGCCAGCUGAUCAAAUUUUGGUUUUUCUUCAUAGCGUUGGAUUUCUGCAGCUCUACUUGGAUUUUAUCGUCAGUAUCAGAGUAUUGCUGUUAUCACACGAUUAUUGUUAGUGUUUUAUUUCUUUUCUCAGCAUUUGUUUUUUCAACUUUUUUUUUUUUUUUUUGAAAGUUUUUUUAUUUGUUUUUGGGCUGUAAGCAGGAGCUUUCACAUCUAAUUCAAACAGAUUUGUCCUUUUUUUCCCCCUCCUGUACACGCCCAGUAUAAGGCAGCUAUUUUUCUAUUCUUUGGAAAUCUUAAACUACACAUAACUUACCCAUACCCCCAAUCCACACGCUGUCUCACACACACGCACAAACACACAUACACCACUCAGCCUUCUCACCUAAGCCUGGUCCAGCCUAGUCUUGCCUGCUCCGCUCCCCUGGACAGGAUUCAGCUCCAAGAGGAAGGGAGGAAUAUGACAGCAGAGACACUCAAUUUCGGCCCAGAAUGGCUUCGUGCACUUUCCAGUGGAGGCAGUGUGACUUCCCCUCCUCCCUCUCCCGCUAUGCCAAAGUACAAGCUGGCCGAAUAUCGCUAUGGCCGAGAGGAGAUGUUAGCACUUUAUGUCAAAGACAACAAGAUCCCAGAGGACAUGCAGGAUAAGGUGUUUGCUGCUAUUCUGCAGGAUGAACCUCAGCAACCUCUGGCACUGGUGCCUCUCACUGAGGAAGAACAGAGGAAUUUUUCCAUGUCUGUCAACAGUGUGGCAGUGCUGAGGCUUAUGGGCAAAGGGGGUGGGGCCAUUCCGGCUAGUAUGGCCCGUGGCAGAGGCAGUGUGAGAGGUGGCCGAGGCAGGGGCCGUGGAGAAAGUGGGUUCUACCAAAGAAGUACUGAGGAUGGAGAGGUGGGCUUCAGCAGGAGCGUCAGAGAGAUCCACCGUAGCCAGAGCUGGGAUGACCGGGGUGAGCGACGCUUUGAGAAGCCUCUGCGUAGGGAGGGGUUGCGUGUUGGCUUUGAGGAAGUGGGCUCUGGGGGGAGGAAAGAGUUCAUGCGUUCAGACAGUGAUAACUGGCGCACGCUGCGAGAGGAGCAUGAGCUGGAGGAGGGUGGAGACACUGGAGGCAGCUGGAGACUGGCUGGCUCACGCCGAGAUGAUGGUGGUCCCCGUUCAGCAGGCUGGCGGGAGCAUGGUGGUGAGGUUCGGCGAAGAAAGUUUGACUUUGACUUCCGGGAUGGCGGGAGUGAGGGAGGAAGGAGGAGAGCAGGAAGUGAAGGAGCAGAGGAAGAGAGAGACGGACUGCCAGAGUGGUGCACUGAUGAAGAAGAUGGAGAGAUGGGAACCUUCGACUCUUCUGGAGCUUUCAUGCCAAUCAAGAAGGGCUCUAAGGACCCUAUUCCAGAAGAGGAGUUUGAGUUUCAGGGUCUAGAAGACGAGGACGAGUGUGGUACAGAUGGAGAGAAGAAGGACAGCAGUACUGGAGACAAAGCUGAGAGAGAUGAGACCGACCCUGCAGCUGUGUGUGAGGUGGAGGUGAAACCUCUUCCUCCCUCCUCUCCUUCCACCAUGCCCCUCAUUGCUCCUCAGGCCGAGCCCGUGCCCGCUGCUGCCCCCAUUUGUCUGGAGGAUUCUCAGCCCGCACCUGCCAUGCCCAGCAAAAUGCCAAGUGAAGUGUUAUCAGAGCCUGUGUCUGAGCUGAGCCCUAGUGCCUCCUCCAGCUUGCCUUCAUCCCCUCCUUCCUCUUCCUCUGCUGCUACUGACCUCCCACCACCGGGAGGUGACCCUGAGGAUGACGAGGGCAUGAAGCACCUGCAGCAGGAGGCAGAGAAAAUGGUUGCAGCUCUUCAGGACACAUCUCUGGAGGAAGAGUGUUUUACCCAGACACUGCAGGAGAGCAGAAACACUGCAGCUGCCCUGCCUCUCUCCCAUGACUCUGCCAUGAAGUGGUUCUACAAAGACCCACAGGGAGAGAUUCAGGGCCCCUUUAGCACAGUGGAGAUGUGUGAGUGGUUCCAGGCAGGCUACUUCAGCAUGUCUUUGCUGGUGAAGCGCGGCUGUGACGAGGGCUUCCAGCCUCUGGGAGAUGUUAUUAAAAUGUGGGGGCGGGUGCCCUUUGCACCUGGCCCCUCCCCACCGCCACUGCUGUGUAAUCUGGAUCAGGACAGGCUGAAGAAGCAGCAAGAGUUGGCUACGGCUGCUCUCUACCAGCAACUGCAACAGCAUCAGCUUUUCCAACUCAUUAACAGGUGCGGAGAGCAGGGUAUGAUGCCUUCAAUGAACAGAUCAAUGUCAGUGCCAGAUACAGGGUCCAUGUGGGACAUGCAUACCUCAGCCUCACAGCCGACAGGUGGUGAGGCCAGUCUAUGGGACUUAACAAUGAAUUCUUCAACUCAGGGUCCAACUCUUGAACAGCUUCAGAAGCUCCAGGAGAGAAGAGAGGCUGAACUCAGGGCUAAGCGGGAAGAGGAAGAGAGAAAAAGAAGGGAUGAAAAGAGGAGACAGCAGCAGGAAGAACAGAAGAGGAGAGAGGAGGAAGAGCUCUUCAGGCGUAAACAGCAGGAGCUUCUGAUGAAGUUACUGCAGCAGCAGGCUCCACGUCAGGCAGCUUCCGGUACAGGCUCAGGCUGGAGCACAGGCCCGGUGCCUGGACUAGGGAAGCAGGGCAAGUCCAUUAACACGCUGGAGAUUCAACAGGACACUGAGAGACUCUAUAAACAGCAGCAAAGAGCUCAACAGCAGAGAUGGGCUACAGAGGGUCUAUGGGGUUCUGCUGGCAUGGAUGGGAAGGCAGCUGGCGGCAGCAGUCCCUCAGGAGGCAGUAUGGGGGUUUGGGACGAGGCCCUAAAGAACCAGAGUGCCCUCCGCAGUGGCAUGGGCCUGAAAAACAGCCGCAGUAGCCCCUCACUCAGUGAUCAAUACAUGAUGAUGAAUCGCCGCAAAAGGACAGAGGAUGAGGAGCGCUUACUGAAGCUCUUGCAGGGGAUGAAGGCUCAGGACGGCUUUACCACAUGGUGCGAGCAGAUGUUGCAUGCCCUUAACACCUCUGCCAACAACUCAAACUCCUCCAUUGAUGUGUCCACUAUUGUGGCAUAUCUGAAGGAGGUGGAGUCGCCGUACGAGGUGCUGGACUUUAUCCGCUCCUAUCUGGGUGACACUGUGGAAGCCAAAGAGUUUGCCAAGCAGUUUCUGGAACGCCGUGCCAAACAGAAAGCCAACCAUCAGAGGCAACAGCAGCUCUCUAAGGAGGUGGGUGGACUGACCAUGAACAGCUUUCCUCUGCAGGAUUCCAUGAGAGGUAUGAACCCUGCUGCUUUGCAGUCCAUGUUCCAGGCAGUGCAUUCUGGGAAGGGAGGGAUGGGCUACGACCAGGCAGGAAAGCUGAAGAAGAAACAGCCCAUGAUGCUGCACUCUGAUCCUAGCAUCUUAGGUUACUCAUUCCAUGGUGCAGGGGAUCGGAUGAGCCUGAGUGAGAUGGAGAUGGUGGAGGAUUACUGAGUCCACAGCAAUAGCUACCUGAGGCCUUUUUUCCGCGGGUCCAACUAAUCAGACUCCGCAAGUCCAAUGUGCACUGCUGGGGAUUGGGGGGGAGGGAGGGUUAAGAGCCAGGAUAAACAGAGUGGGUAUGUGUGUGUGCGUGCGUGUGUGUUGAGAGGAAACUGCAGCUGAAGUAUAAAGUUACAGCUUCAGUUCUCCUCUGUAGUGGUGUGGUGGGGGAAAGGGGUGAUAUUCGGGGGUGAUUAAACUUCUGGCACUUACACAAUAAGCACCUUAUUCAAACUAAUGCACUUUAUGAAGGUGGUAUAUAGAUAGGUGGGUUGUUUUUUUUUUUUUUUUUUUUUUUUUUUUUUUCUUUCUUUUUUUUCUUUUCUUUUUUUUUUCCUUUUUUAAAAGAAGGUUUUACAUGUUAUAGAUAUGUGGUAUGGAUUCAAAAAUAUUCCCACAUAAUAUAUAUAAAUGUGUGUUUUUGUGUGUAUGACUAAAACUGGACAUGGAGGUGAUUGAGAUAUUGGGGGACCGUCCUGUUUGUUCGAACCGUAUCAGAAAAAGAAUUUUCUCUUUGAAGACAAACACUGUUUUUUUUUCCUUUGUUCUUUAUUAAAAAAGUUUCUAUAAAAAGCUAUAUAAAAUAAUAAGAUUUUUGCUCAUAAAACUUGAAGAUUUGCACUUGUAUAAAAAAAUAAGAAAAUGACAAAAAAUGGGUUAGGAUAUGUUAUGUUAUGGAGAAUAAUAUUUUUGUGUGUGUGACUGAGUGAGUGGGUGUGUUUUGUUUAAAGCAUACUGGCCUGCACAAUUUUUUUUUUCUUUCUUUUUGUUCUUUUUCUUUUCUUUUUUUUUGCAUUGCUUACCAAGAUGUAUAAAAUGACAAAAGAGGCCAUUUUGUAAUAUUUUUUUUCCCCCUCCUCCAAGCAAAUUAGAAUUUUGUACUUGGUGAGUGAAAAAUGUAUGAGAGAGAACGUAUGUUUGCGUGUGUUGUAUGUUUGCAGCAUGUUUGUGUAUUUGACUGAGGGGGACAGAGGGCAAUGGCACAACCCAUCCUUUUUCUUUUGUCAUUUCCUCAUCCCCAGAUGGAUAUGAAAGCUGUAGAUGCAACCAGAAAAA